AUGUCUCAUCUCACGUCGCCGAUUUUCUUGAAACACCGCACGAGCACCUCUCGCGUGCGCGCGGUCGGCGAUGUGACCCAUGUGCCGUCGCUGGGGAUGGAGGGGUCCGAAGACAGCGCUAGCUCCAUGGGGCACGACGCCUUAGCCCACUCCGCCCAGUUUCCGGACACCGUCAGCGCCAUCAGCCUCACCGAUUCCGUAUCGCACGAGCUCAGCACCUGCGUCCUCACCAGCCCGCCGCGCACGAGUCGCCUCCGACCCGCGAGCUCGACGCUCCGACGGCACUGGUCGAAGCCGUUUAGCGGUGGAGCUUGUCGCGCCAUCCCUCGCGCUGUCCCGGUGCUCCUUCUUCUGGUCAUCCUCUACGCACUCAUCGCAACGCAGUUUUCGGAGGACGCCUUUGUGGACCACAUGAGGGAUCCACUUGGGUACUUGCUGAACAUGAAAGACCCGGAGCACGGCCCGUGGUCGGUGCUGGUGCAGCACGAGGAUGCCGUGAGCCGACUCAACAUUACUUCGCAGCAGAGCUGCCGCAUCGGGUCGAUGUUCUGCAGCCCGCUGCGCAUCAGCGCGGCCUUUCUUCCCUCGUGGACACUGCACGUUGUGGAGAAGGACUGCGCGGACUGCACCGACCGACAGACGCACGACAGCGCUGUGGAGGGCGUAGAGUUGCAGCCGCGGCACGCCGUGUACGCGACGCCGUUUGCACCGCUGGGUCGUGUCGGGCCGAUGCUGCUGGCGAUGACGAGCGUGACGGACGACGUGAGUGUGCGCACGGAGCUGCCGCAGUGGGAGUGGCUGCGGCACGUGUACGGUGACGGGUUCCCGACCGUGGGCGACGCUGGCGAGGGGGCUGCGCCGCCGCGGACACCGUAUCUUGCCGUGAUGGGGAUCCCAUCGACGGAUCAGCCGGCGCGUGUUGCCCUGCGUGAGGCACAGCGCAGCACGUGGCUGACGUACCAGGAGGUGGCGCGCACGGAGAACCACUUCGACGCCGCGCUGCUGGCGCUGUACGUGUUCGCCGCGGUGGAGCCCAAGGUGGUCGCCCGCGAUGCACCAGAGAGCUCUCCAGCAUCCGCGCGCGACGGCGCGUCAGCUGCGGAGCCGAAGCGACGGGGCCUGAGUGCGCUGCUGCCGACGACGACGGAGUACAAGGCUGCCACUGAGGCGCUCCUGGCGAGGGCCACGCGGGCCGAGGGCAUGGAUGACGCGGCCGAUGCGAGCGUUGUGCAGCGCCGGAUGGAGCUCCGCCGCGACUGGAACAUUGCUGCUGUGGAGGACACACCGUGUGCGGAGGUGAUCAGCCGCCACGCGACUGUGGGCGCGGAGACGUCUGCGCUGUCGUACCUGAGCGGCGCCCUGUCGCUCCCCGUGACGCCCGCGUUCACGUCGCCGGCGGAGUACAUCUGCCACGCGUCGUCUGCGCUGUGGCGGGAGGCGCUGACGCACCGCAACGUCGUGUGGAUCGACAUGAUGACGGACCGCCGGCCGACCACGAACAAGAAGCUUGGCGACACGAUCAAGUGGGGCCUCCCCGUGGAGGUCGGGAUGAGUCAGAAGCUGAUCCUGUGGCUGGAGUACGCGUACCACGCCUUCAGGGAUGUCCCCUUCAUCAUCAAGGGGGAUGACGACAGUUACAUGAAGGUGCCGCAGUUCCUGAGCGAUGUGCGGUACGUGAUGGGUGGCGCGCAAAAGCGUCUGCCGCCGCCGACUGCCGAGGCGCUGAAGGACAGCGCGUACGCCGUGGACGCGAGCACGACGGAGUGCGCGUACUGGGGCAGCAUGCGGGUCUUCAAGAACGCUCAGUUCAACGCCGGCAUGACGUUCAUGGUGCACCGGCUUCUCGCUCAGGUCGUGUUGGCGCCUUGGGGUGAGGAAAACCAGGUGCACAUUGCGAAGUUGGCGAUGAUGGAUUUUGAUGCGAGCUUAUCGAAGGUGUACCGCGCUGCCCGAUUUCAUCAGGAGGAUAUCCUCAUGGGGCUGCUCGUUCGCGCCUCACUCCGCCGCGCUCGCGAGAUCUGCCCGAACCACCGCGUGUGGUUUGUGAAGGAAGGGCUGGCUCGGUUCCACGACAUGCACCGCGGCAAGGUGCACGACGUGACGUGGUCGACGGUCGUGGCGCAUCGCUGCACCCCCGCUGACUAUCAUUACCUGCACCACUUCUUCCAGAAGGAGCUUGGUGCGACGUUGGCAGGGUCAAACCAGAGGGGCCGUGCUGAGAAGAAUGCUGUGGCGCAGGCGGCGGAGUGGGUGGCGGAGAAGCGGCGUUCCACGGGGCCCGCGGUGGUGGGCUGGGACACCUUGCCAGCGGUGAAGUGGGUGCACACGGUGAAGCGGACGCCUGCAUACGACAUGGCGGCGGCGGACGGGGUGCCGGUGUAUCGCAACAAGUACGACUACUGGGUGGAUCGCGCUACGGCUGUCGACGAUGGGUACUGCUCUUUACCGCAGAAGUGA